AUGUUUGCAGCCUAUUUUGAUUGCCCAGGAGGCCCAGAAAAUCUCUGUAUGAAAGGAGUGAUAAAACCACAUCCAGGAGAAGGAGAAGUUCUUGUGAAGGUCUCUGCCAGUGCUCUGAAUAGGGCUGAUUUACUCCAGAGGAGAGGGAAGUACCCUCCCCCCAAAGGAGCGAGCGAUAUUUUAGGCUUAGAAGCAGCUGGGACUGUGGCUGAGCUCGGCCCUGGCUGCACGGGCCGCUGGAAGAUUGGUGAUGCAGUGAUGGCUCUGCUCUCUGGAGGAGGCCAGGCACAAUUCGUUACGGUACCCGAAGGCUGCCUGAUGCCAAUUCCCAAAGAUAUGACUUUUAUCCAGGCUGCAGCCAUUCCUGAAGCCUGGUUAACAGCAUUUCAGCUGCUGCAUUUUGUAGGUAAAGUACAGGAGGGCGAGAAAGUGUUGAUCCAUGCUGGAGCUAGCGGAGUUGGCAUGGCAGCCAUUCAGCUGGUGAGACUGGCAAAAGCUAUUCCCAUCGUGACAGCAGGAACUCAAGAGAAACUGAAAGCAACAGCAAAUGCUGGAGCAGCUGCAGGAUUCAACUACAAGAACGAAGAUUUUAGUGAAAAGGUCUUGGAGUUCACCCAAGGUUCUGGAGUAGAUAUUAUUCUAGAUUGUGUUGGUAGCUCAUACUGGGAGAAGAAUCUCAACUGUCUGAGUACUGAUGGCCGGUGGAUUAUUUAUGGACUGCUGAGUGGAGGUGAAGUCCAUGGGGAUUUGCUGGCAAGGCUGCUCUCCAAAAGAGCCAGCAUCCACACAAGUCUAUUACGGUCACGGGACAAGGAGUACAAGGAGCGUCUGGUGAGAGCCUUCACAGAGGACGUAUUGCCCUAUUUCUCCGGGGAGACUUCCCAGCGCCUCCGGCCCCUGGUGGACAGCGUUUACCCGCUGCACGCGAUCGCGGAGGCGCACAGGGCCAUGGAGGACAACAACAACAUUGGCAAAAUCGUCAUCGAAGUCCCCGUGUGCUUCAAGCCGGGGCCCCGGCAGUAG